AUGGCAAGCGGAAUCGGUGCUUCCAGCCAUAGCCCAAAGAAGGCAAAAACUGAAUACGGUGAUUCCAGGAAAUUCGGUCGAUUCACUGUCGCGACUCCGUCGAAGAUAAUAAAGGUGCUUAUCGUGGAGGAUGAUGACACUCUCCGGGCAUUGCAAAAGAUGAUCAUAGACAGCCUAGACAUGCCGGUGGCAGUUCAUGAAGCAGCAGAUGGAAGGGAGGCAGUAGACAUGUGUCGUGCCACACCUUUCGAUGCCAUCUUUAUGGACUUAGGAAUGCCGGUUAUGAAUGGAAUCGAGGCAACGAAGGCACUACGAGACAUGGGUUCCAGGAGCACAAUUAUCGGGAUGGUUUCCGGUACGGUCAACAACGACGAGCUUGUGAGAGCAUUUGAGGAAGCGGGCCUGAAUGAAUGCUACAGGUUGCCGAUGAGUGCUAAUGAUUUCAGAUCCAUCCUUCAGAGGGUGUGGAAUGAGAUCUGA